CAAGCAGGGCUUUUCCAGGCCCCUUCGACAGUGACUGUGAAAAACUCCGGCAGAAGACAUGAUUGUGUUUCCUUUUUUCUUUGCCUUGCUGUGGGAGAGAGCUCCUGGCUGGGGGUUUAAGGAUGGAGUACUACACAAUUCGAUUUGGUUAGAGCGAGCAGCCGGAGUGUAUCACAGAGAAGGAAGAAAUGGAAAAUACCAACUUACCUAUGCAGAGGCAAAAGCAGUGUGUGAAUAUGAAGGUGGGCAUCUAGCAACAUACCAGCAACUCGAAGCAGCAAGAAAAAUAGGUUUUCAUAUGUGUGCUGCUGGUUGGAUGGCCAAAGGAAGAGUGGGAUAUCCCAUUGUUAAACCUGGAAGCAACUGUGGUUUUGGAAGGAUUGGGAUUGUGGAUUAUGGCUUUCGACUUAACAGAAGUGAGAGAUGGGAUGCUUAUUGUUAUAACCCUAAUGGAAAAGAUUGUGGUGGAGUCUUCACAGAUUCAAAGCAUACCUUUAAAACCCCUGGCUAUCCAAAUGAGUAUGAAAAUGAUCAAACCUGUUAUUGGCAUAUAAGAGUGAAGUAUGGACAGCGGGUUCAAAUUCAGUUCAUCGACUUUGACCUUGAAGAAGAUACAUCUUGCAUGUCUGAUUACUUAGAAAUCUACGACAGCUAUGAUGAUGUCAAUGGCUUUGUGGGCAGGUAUUGCGGAGAUGAACUACCAGAUUCAGUUGUCAGCACAGGAAAUGUCAUGACGCUGAAAUUUUUAUCAGAUGCUUCUGUCACAGCAGGAGGCUUUCAGAUUAAAUAUGUUGCUUUAGACCCACCGAAAAAGAGCAUUGGGAGAAAUACAACUACCCAGUCUAAUACAAAUCGUUUAGCUGGGAAAUUUGGCAUGAUGUGAAAGAACACUCAUAUGAAGGCGGGGAAAUAGCCUGAAACAUCUGACUAUGGAAGGUGUCUCUCUUCCGUGCCCUACAAUCUUUGAAGUUGCCACUGGAUUCUUGCUGGAUUCCUGUCCCCAUAAUUUUCUGUUUGUCAUCUCUGCUCACUCUUAUCUUCAAUGGAUCUUCAGUUGCAACACCCUCCCCAUCCAAUAAUUCCCACCAUCCAGUGAAUCUUCUCUUGACUCUUUCUUGUUUCUUUGCUUCAGAACGCCUUCUUUUUGUUGGCAUCUUUUCAUGUUUUUAGUUUAAAAAUGUCAGGGGCCAGGUGAUGGUGCAAAUAAAUUAUCUUUUCUGCUUCAGAGGGGCUCUCCGAUAGCCACUUUGUAUGCAACAAUGAUCUUUAUGAGCCAGAAUGUUAUGAAGAAACAUUUAAUCACAACCUAUUCUGCCUUUGAUAUAUUGUUGAGAUUUUAGAUAAUAAAAAUAUUUAACAAACCUUGA